UUGGUCGUGGGAGAGUGUGACUGCCAUCGCUGGCAGGACCAUCUCGGACCGCGCCUGCUUGCCGCGGGCAGAGCGCUUUGGGGCGAAUGCGAGGCUCUCUUGAAAUGCGCCGUCGCCGCCUUAAUGUCGUAAUUGGUUUGAAUGAAACGGUUAAAGGUGUGUUACACUAAUGGUGACAUCUGGCAGUACAAGAACUAUCUUUCGAGGGGGCCCGAGGAUCACGUGGGACGAAGACGAACAAGCCAGCCGACUUUGGCAGUAAUUCGGCCAGAGGGUGCAUUUAAUGAAACUAGAUUCCAAUGGACGAUAAACGGCGUGUUCCUAAGACCGGGUGUCGCUUGAUGUCAGCCUGUCCACUACGCGGAGGCUUUUCGAUAGAUAAAUUGUGAAGGCAGUAGGGCAUCGAGCUGGAUGCGAAUGCCGAUUUUGCCUGCAUAACUGACAAACAUGGCAAUAUUUUGUUUCUUUAUUCGAGUACUGAAUAGCUGUGGAGGAUUACGGGUGAUGCAGUGUUUAGGUCGACAACUCGGCAUGCGAUGGCAGCCCAGUUGAAACACUGACGCGCGUGUUAAGAUUUCACGAAAUAAAAGUUUAACUCGUCCGUGGUAACGAAAAGGAGUCCACAGAUCUAUCGAUUACAGGGCGCUCCCCUUGCAACGAAUGCCCAGCUCUUACAAUGGAUGCCACGUGGUGUGGACUGUCACGAACAAAAGAGAGACAGAGAUCCUGACAAACUGGGUCAAACAACGCGUGGGAUAAAGCAAAAAAAAACACGCGACUGAGGACUCAGUGCGUGCGCGUCCCAUUCCAGCCACGUCUCGCGCUGCAUGUUUGAAUUGUUCUAGUAAUGGAAUGCCGUUUGGGAAUUGAGAUCAAUCGGCUUAAAUAACACGAUUAUCUGUGUGCGCGAGGCUGGCAUACUUGGGGCACAUGCACGCAGCGAUUACCAACUAACUAUCGCUUUAAUUUUGAUAUAUCAAACAUGUACUUGACAAUGCAGUGCAUUGUGUUUCACGCAAGGAACAAAUGCGUGAAGCAAAGUAAACAAAUCGUCCCAACUGGUCUUGGACAGCGCAGCAAAAAAAGGGGGGGUGUUUGGGGUCAAUAACCCGAGGCCUGUUUACAUAAUACAUAAAAUAAUCGUUUUCGUGGUCGAUCUAUAGUCGUGGAUAAUAAGCGCAUUAUGAUUCUCAAUACUUUUAUCAUCUUAAUAUCAAACUCCAUAUUAAAAGUCACACUUCAAGGCUGCCAUGCAAUGGCGCUUAAACGCAGAAAUGACACUUAAAUGCACAUUCGCAGUAGCGCAACCUAUCCCGAGGCACCCAAACCCCGCCCCGCACGUUCAUUGGCGGCAGGCCGGUUGAAGGCACCUCUAAUGGUGCCUUGAUGCGACAUCUGGUCGCUACGAUUAGCCCGUGGUGACGACAAUCCAGCUGGCAAAUCCCGCCUUCGGAUCGCAAGUUUGAGUGAGAAGCACAGUGGUUGAGAGGUGGUUGUACUGUUAAAGAGCCCCUCAAGUACUAAACGGUGGUCUGGUUGUUACUAAAUUAAAAUUCAGGCUUGCGCGUUCAAGAUGGAUAUGAAGAAAAGGAUUCACCUGGAGCUGCGAAAUCGAACGCCGUCAGACGUUAAAGAGCUUGUUCUAGACAACUGUCGUUCAAAUGAAGGCAAAAUUGAGGGUCUGACAGAUGAGUUUGAAGAGCUUGAGUUUCUAAGCACAAUCAAUGUAUGCCUAACAUCAGUAGCAAAUCUGCCCAAAUUAAACAAACUUAAAAAGCUCGAGCUUAGUGAUAACAGAAUCUCAGGAGGAUUAGAAGUACUGGCAGAAAAAUGUCCAAACCUCACACACUUAAACCUCAGUGGUAAUAAAAUAAAGGACCUGAGUACAAUAGAGCCUCUGAAAAAGUUGGAAAACCUUAAGAGUUUAGACCUUUUCAACUGCGAAGUCACAAACUUAAAUGAUUACAGAGACAAUGUAUUCAAGCUUCUGCCUCAGCUCACAUACCUUGAUGGCUAUGACAGGGAGGAUAAAGAGGCACCAGACUCUGACACAGAGGCUUACGUAGAGGGUCUAGAUGAUGAUGAUGAAGAUGAAGAUGAGGUAGAAGAAGAAUAUGACGAGGAAGCGGCAGUUGAGGAAGAGGAGGAAGGAGAUGAGGAAGAGGAGGAGGAUGAAGGAGAGGAGGAGGAAGAGGACAUAAGCGGCGAGGAGGAGGAAGAAGAGGAAGAGUUCAAUGAUGGGGGUGUGGAGGAAGAAGAUGAGGAAGAAGAUGAAGACUUUGAAGAAGAGAGAGGUCAAAAGAGAAAAAGAGAUCCAGAAGAUGAAGGUGAAGAUGAUGAUUAAAGCACCCUCACUGACAUUUAGAAGCUCCUCUUGUGAUUUGACUGUUUUUACCCUGUAUUUUCCCCCAUAUCUUAUGGUUGUAACGUUGCUGUGGGAAUGUGAGAUGUUUAUUGGGUGGGUGAGGGGAAAUAAAAGCUUGAUUUUUACUGCCACUCCCUUCAUUUUUUCCCCCCCAUACCCUGAUAUUACAUUCAGGUCAAAAAUGAUGAUCUUAGUAGCUGGAGUGGUUAGGACAGCUGUUGUGCAGUUUCACAUAGUGUGUUCUAGAAGCCUAAAUCCAAUUUUGUACACUGCUAAUAUCCCAUUGCAGCUCCAGAACUCUAUUGCUUGCAAGGUUGGAUUUGUUUUAGUACAAAAUGGCAAAUUACUCUUUGUAUUUUAAGAUGCAAUCCCUCCCCAUCCCCCCAGGUGUCACAUGCUGUUCUCAUCAUCAAAAAUGUGCUGUUUAGGCACAGACUCAGGUGUGUCUUUGUGCCUACCUGAUCAUGCACAAUAAAUUGCCCCUUUACCUAACAGCUCAUUUUUGUAUAUUGUGCAACUCAUGUCUGCCAUUAUCAAAUCUGCAGCAAGAGGAUUUCCCUGCGCGCGCGUGUGUGUGUGUGUGGUGUGUUUUCCUGCUCUGAGUAGCUGGACAUUUUUGUGUUAUUUGUAAAUAGCGACCAAAUAUUUUGUGUUUUUUAGUAAAAGGAAAGAUCUCAGUUUUAAGUAUUUUUGGAUGAGAAUGGCAGGCGUCAACUUGAUUGAAAAGUGUAAUAAUUGACUGUAAUAAAAUAAGUUGAACCCUU